AUGGCAUGUUGUGUUGCAGAGCGCAACCGAGGGCGUCUGGCGUCCCUGGCCAUAGCAUGGGUGGUGAUCGCUGUGGGAGUCCCUAGUAGUCUAAUGAAUGUGUGUUGCAGAGCGUCACCGAGGGCGUCUGGCGUCCCUGGCCAUAGCAGUGGUGGUGAUCGCUGUGGGAGUCCCUAGUAGUCUAAUGUCAUGUGUGUUGCAGAGCGUCACCGAGGGCGUCUGGCGUCCCUGGCCAUAGCAGUGGUGGUGAUCGCUGUGGGAGUCCCUAUAGUCUAAUGUCAUGUGGUGUUGCAGAGCGUCACCGAGGGCGUUCUGGCGUCCCUGGCCAUAGCAGUGGUGGUGAUCGCUUGUGGGGAGUCCCUAGUAGUCUAAUGUCAUGUGUGUUGCAGAGCGUCACCGAGGGCGUCUGGCGUCCCUGGCAUAGGCAGUGGUGGUGAUCGCUGUGGGAGUCCCUAGUAGUCUAAUGUCAUGUGUGUUGCAGAGCGUCACCGAGGGCGUCUGGCGUCCCUGGCCAUAGCAGUGGUGGUGAUCGCUGUGGGAGUCCCUAGUAGUCUAAUGUCAUGUGUGUUGCAGAGCGUCACCGAGGGCGUCUGGCGUCCCUGGCCAUAGCAGUGGUGGUGAUCGCUGUGGGAGUUCCCUAGUAGUCUAAUGUCAUGUGUGGUUGCAGAGCGUCACCGAGGGCGUCUGGCGUCCCUGGCCAUAGCGUGGUGGUGAUCGCUGUGGGAGUCCCUAGUAGUCUAAUGUCAUGUGUUUGCAGAGCGUCACCGAGGCGUCUGGCGUCCCUGGCCAUAGCAGUGGUGGUGAUCGCUGUGGGAGUCCCUAGUAGUCUAAUGUCAUGUGUGUUGCAGAGCGUCACCGAGGGCGUCUGGCGUCCCUGGCCAUAGCAGUGGUGGUGAUCGCUGUGGGAGUCCCUAGUAGUCUAAUGUCAUGUGUGUUGGCAGAGCGUCACCGAGGGCGUCUGGCGUCCUGGCCAUAGCAGUUGGUGGUGAUCGCUGUGGGAGUCCCUAGUAGUCUAAUGUCAUGUGUGUUGGCAGAGCGUCACCGAGGGCGUCUGGCGUCCCUGGCCAUAGCAGUGGUGGUGAUCGCUGUGGGAGUCCCUAGUAGUCUAAUGUCAUGUGUGUUGCAGAGCGUCACCGAGGGCGUCUGGCGUCCCUGGCCAUAGCAGUGGUGGUGAUCGCUGUGGGAGUCCCUAGUAGUCUAAUGUCAUGUGUGUUGCAGAGCGUCACCGAGGGCGUCUGGCGUCCCAUGGCCAUAGCAGUGUGGUGAUCGCUGUGGAAGUCCCUAGUAGUCUCAAGUCAUGGUGUGUUGCAGAGCGUCACCGAGGGGUCUGGCGUCCCGGCCAUAGCGUGGUGGUGAUCGCUGUGGGGCGUCCCUAGUAGUCUAAUGGAAUGUGUGUUGCAGGCGUCACCGAGGGCGUCUGGCGUCCCUGGCCAUAGCAGUGGUGGUGAUCGCUGUGGGAGUCCUAGUAGUCUAAUGAAGUGUGCUGUGGGGGUCUGUGUCAGUGUGUGCAUUUGGGGGGGCACUGGGGGGUCGGGGGGGGGGGCCCCGUUUGGGGGGGGCCCCCAAAAAUUUAAACCCGUUGGGUUUUUUUUCCCCCCCCGGGGGCCCCGGGGGGGGGGGUGGGGGGGGCCCCAAAAAAAAAAAUUUUUCCAAAGGGGCCCGGGGGGGGGGCCCCCUGGGAAGGGGGGUUGGGACCCAAGGGAAUUAUUGGGGUUUAAAAAGGGGGGGGGGCCCCCAAAAAGGGUUGGGGGCCCCCCGGGGGGCCCAAAAAAAAAGGGGGUUUUUUGGGGGGGGGUUUCCCCCCCCCAAAAGGGGGUUUUUUUUUGGGGGGGCCCCCCCCCCGGGGGCGGGUUUUUGGAAAGGAAAAGGGGGUUUUGGGGGGAGAAAAAUUUUAAAUUUGGGAAUUGGGAAACUUUUUUGGGGGGAAAGGGGCCGGGGGCCCCCCCCCCCAAAAAAAAAAGGGCUUUUUGGGGGGCCCCCCAUUUGUGUUGCAAAACCCCCCCCCCGGGGGGGGGGGGCCCAAAAAUGGGGGGGUUUUUUGGGGGGGGGGUUUGGGGCCCGGGGGGGUUGGCCCCCGGGGGGGGGGGGCCCCCCCCCCUUUUUUUUGGGGUUUUUAAAACCCCCCCCCCCCUUUUUUUUUUUUGGGGGGGGUUUUUUUUGGGGGAAAAAAGGGGGGGGGCCCCCCGGGGGGGGUUUUUUUGGGGGGGGGGAAAAAUGGGUUCCCCCCCGGCCCCCGGGGGGGUUGGGGGGCCCGGGGCCCAAAAAAAAAAACCCCCAAAGGGGGGCCCCUCCCCCAUUUGGGGGGGGGGUUUUUUGGGGGGGCCCCCUUUUUUUUUUGGGGUUUUUGAAAAGGGGGGGGGGCCCGGGGGGGGGGGGGGUUUUUUGGUUUUAAAAAAGGGGUUUUUUGGGGUUUUUUAAAAAAAUUUUGGGGCCCUUUUUUAGGGGGGGGAAGGGGGGGGGCCCCCCCUUUUAAAUUUUUUGGGGGAAAAAAAAAAAAGGGGGAACCCCCCGGGGGGGGUUCCCCCGGGGUUUUUUGGGGCCCCCUUUUUUUUUUUGGGCCCCCCAAAAAAAACCCCCCGGGGGGGGGGGAUCCCCUUUUUUUUUUUGUGGGUUCCCAAUUUAAAAAAAAAUUGGGGGCCCCCCCCCCGGGGGGAAAAGGGGGGGCCCCGGGUUUUUUUUUUUUGGGGGAAAAAAAAAGGGGGGGGGGGGGGGGUUUUUUUAAAAAAAACCUUUUUAAUUUCCCCGGGGGUUUUCCCCCCCGGGGUAAUUUUUUGGGGCCUUUUUUUUUAAAAAAACCCCCCCCCCCCGGGGGGGGGGGUUUUUUUGGGGGGGGGGUUUUGGGCCCUUUUAAACCUUUUGGGGGGCCCCCCCGGGGGGGGGCCCCAAAAGGGGGGGCCGGGGGGGAAAAUUUUUUAGGGUUUUAAAAGGGGGGGUUUUGGGGGCCAAAGGGGGUUUUCCCCGGGGGGGGGGUUAAAAGGGGGGAAAUUUUGGGGUUUUCCUUCUUUUGGGGGGGGAGGCCCCCAAAAUUAAGCCCUUUUUAAAAAAACCCCCCGGGGGCCCCCCCAAAAAAAAAAAAAUUAAAGGGGUUUUUAAGGGACCAAGGGGGUUGGGGGGGGCCAAAGGGUUUUGGGGGCCCCCCCUUUUAAAAAAAAAUUUUUUUUGGGGCCCGGGGGGUCCCCCCCUUUGGGGGGGGGGGCCCCCUUUUUGGGGAAAAUUGGGGAAAAUUUACCCCUGGGGUUUGGAAGGCCCCCGGGGGGUUUUUGGGGGGCCCCCCCUAAGGGGGGGUUUUUUUUGGGGCCCGGGGGUUUUUUCCUUUGGGGGGUUUUCCCGGGGGUUUAAAAACCGGCCCCGGGGGGGGGUUUCCCGGGGGGUUCCCCCAAAAAUUUUUUUGGGGGGCCCCGGGGGGGGUUUUUUUCCCCUUUUUUGGGGGGGGGGGGUCCCUUUUUCCCGGGGGGGGUAAGGGGGGGGGGUUUUUUUCCCCCGGGGGGGGGGGGGCCCGGGGGUUCCCCUUUUUGGGGGGGUUUUGGGGGGCCCCCCCCCUUUUUUUUUUUAACCCCGGGGGGGGGGGGGGGGCCCCCCUUUUGGGGGGGGUCCCCCUUUUUUUUCCCCCCCGGGGGGGGUUUGGGGGGGCCCCCCGGGGUUUGGGGGGUUUGGGGCCCGGGGGGCCCCCCCCCCAAAGGGGGGGGUUGGGGCCCCGGGAAAAAAUUUUUGGGGGGGGCCCCCCCCGGGGGGGUUUUCUUUUUUCCCCCCGGGGGGGCCGGGGGGCCCUGGUUUAAAUUGGGUUGGGGCCCGGGGUCUUUCCCUUUUUUUUUGGGGGGGGGGGGGGGGGGGCCUUUUUGGGGGGGGGGGGCCCGGGGCCCCGGGGGGUUUUUGGGGGCCCCCGGGGUUUCCCUUGGGGAAAAAAAAAUUUUUUUUUGGGCCCAAAAGGGCCCGGGGGGGGGCCCCCCCCGGGGGGGGGUCCCUUUUUGGGGGGUUUUUUGGGAUUUUUUUUUUUCCCCGGGGGGUUUGGGCCCCCCCCCCAAAAGGGGGGGCCCCGGGGGGUUUUUUUUUUUGGGGGGGGGGAAAAAAAGGGGGGGGGGGGGCCCCCGGGGGGUUUUGGGGGGGGGUUUUUUUCCGGGGGGGGGGGGAAAAAGUCUUUUGGGUUCCCCCCCGGGGGGGGGGGGGGUUUGGGGGUAAAUUUUUUUUGGGUUUUUCCCCGGGGCUUGGCUUUUUAAAAAGGGGGGGGGGGUUGGGCCCCGGUUUGGGGGUGGGCCGGGGGCCCCCCUUUUUUUUUUUUUUUUGGGGGGCCCCCCGGGGGGCCCCUUUUUGGGGGUUUUUGGGGGGGGGCCCCCCCCGGGGGGGGGGGGGGAAAGGGGGUUGGGCCCCCCCAAGGUUUUUGGGGGGGGGGGGGGUUUUUUUUUCCCGGGUUUUCAAGGGGGCCCCGGGGGCGGCCCCUUGGCCCUUUUUGGUUAAGGGGGGGCCCCGGGCCCCCGGGGUUUUUUGGUGAAAGGGGGGGGGCCCCCUUGGGUUUUUUUAAAAGGGGGGGGGGGCCCCCCCCCCGGGGGGGGGGGGGGGCCCGGGGUUUUGGGGGAAAGGGGGAGGGGGUUUGGGGCCCCCCAAAAGGGGGGGAUUUUGGGGGGGAAAAAGGGGGCGGGUUUCCCCCCGGGGGGGCCCGGGGGCCCGGGUUUAAAGGGGGGGGGGGGCCCCCGGGGUUUUUUUUUGGUUUUGGGGGGGGGGGGGCCCCCCCCCCUUUUUUUUUUCCGGGGCCCCCGGGGUUUUUGGGGGGUUUUUUUUUGGGGGGGCCCGGGGUUCCCCCCCCUUUUUUUUUGGGGGUUCCCAAGGGGUUUUUUUGGGGGGGCCCCCGGGGUUUUUCCCCCCUUUUUUUGGGGUUUUGGGGGUUCCCAAGGGGGGGUUUUUUCCGGGGAACCCGGGGGUUUUUCCCCCCCGGGGGUUUUUUGGGGGGGGAAAUUUUUUUUUGGGGGCCCCCAAAAGGGGGGGGGUUUUUGGGGGAAACCGGGGGGUUUUUUGUGGGUUUUUAAGGGGGGUUUUGGGGGGGAAAGGGGUUUGGGGUUUCCCCGGGGGCCCUUGGGGGGUUUUUUUGGGGGGGGAGGGUUUGGGGUUUUUGGGGGGGCCCCCUUUGGGGGGCCUGUUUCCCCUUUUUUUUUGGGGGGGGGGGAAAAAAGGGGGGGGUUUUUUUCCCCAAACCCCCUUGGGGGCCCCCGGCCAUUCAUUUUUUUGGGGUUUUUUUCCCCCCCCCCCCUUUUUGGGGGGGGGGGGUUUUUAAAAAGGGGGGGUUUUUGGGGGGGGUUUGGGGGGGUUUUUUUUUUUCCCGGGGGAAGGGGGGGCCUUUUAAAAAUUUAGGGGGGUUUUUGGGGGGGGUUUUUUUUUUUGGGGGGGGGUCCCCGGGGCCCUUUGGGGCCGGCCCUGGUGGUUUUUUUGCCCCCCGGGGGGGGGGGGGGGGUGGGGGGGGGUGACCCCGGGGGGGCCCCUUGGCCGGGUGGUUUUCCGGGGGAAGGGGUUUUUUGGGGGGGGGGGGGCCCCUUGGCCUAAAGGGGGUUUUUUCCGGGGGGGGGGCCCUGGGUUUUGGGGGGGGGCCCCCCGGGGGGGCCCCCUUUUUCGUUUGGGGGGGGCCCCGGGGGGGGGGGGGGGGGGGCCCCCCCCCCGGGGGGGGGGGCCCCCCGGGGGGGUUUGGGGUUUUUUGGGGCAAAUUUUUGGGGGCGUCCCCGGGGGGGGGUUGGGGGGGGGGUUUUUUGGGGGGUUUUCCCCCGGGGGCCGGGGCCCCGGGGGGGGGUUGGCCUUGGGGUUUUGGGGCCCUUUUAUUUUUUAAAAAAACCGGGGGGGCGUCCCGGGGGGGGGUUUUCCGGGGGUUUUUUUCUUUUGGGGGGGGGGGGGGGGGGGUUUUUCCCCCCCCCCCGGGGUGGGCCCGGGGAAAAAGGGGGGGGGGUUUUUUUUAAAAUUUAAGGGGGGGGGGCCCCGGGGGGGGUUUUUCCCCCCCGGGGUUAAAUUUUAAACCUUUUUUCCCCCCCCGGGGGGGGGGGGGGAAAAGGGGGUUUUUUGGGGGGGGGGUUUUUUUUGGGGGGCCCUUUUUUAAAGGGGGGGGGCCCCGGGGAAAAAGGGGGGGGGGGGCCCCGGGGUCCCGGGGUUAAACCUUUUUUUAAAAAGGGGGUUGGGGGAAGGGUUUCCCCGGGGGGUUGGGGUUUUUUGGGGGGGGUUUUUUAACCCCGGGGGGCCGGGCCCCAAGGGGCCGGGGGUUUUCCCGGGGGGGGGGGGUUUUUUUCAAAAAAAAAAGGGGGCCCCCCGGGGGGGGGUUUCCCGGGGGGCCCCCCCCGGGGGGGGGGGGGGUUAACCCCGGGGGGGGGGUUUUUUAGCCCGGGGGGGGCGGGGGGCCCCCCCCCUUUUUUUUUGGGGGGGGGAUUUUUUUUUGGGGGGGGUUUCCCUUUGGGGCCCGGGGCCCCCCGGGGGGGGUUUUUUUUGGGGGGUUUUUGGGGGGCCCCGGGGGGGGGGGGCCCCCUUUUUUCCAUUCAAAAGGGGGGGGGGGGGGGGGGGAAAAAGGGGGGUUUUUUUGGGGGGCCUUUUCCCCCCCCGGGGGGGGGGGGGGGGGGGCCCCCCCCCGGGGGGGGGGGGGGUUUUUUUUUGGGGGGGGGGGGGCCCCCCUUUUAAAGGGGGGGUUUGGGGGGCCCCCGGGGGGGGGGAAAGGGGGGGGUUUGGGGGCCCGGGGGGGGUUUUUUUGGGGGGGGGGUUUUUUUUUUUUUGCAAGGGGGGGGCCGGGGGGCCCCCAAAAUGGGUUUUUUGGGGGCCCCCCCCCUUGGGGUUUUUUGGGGGGGGGGGGGCCCCCCGGGGGGGGGGGUUUUUUUUGGGGGGGGGGUUUUCCCCCCCAUUUGGGGGGGGGGGGGGGGCCCGGGGGGAAAAGGGGUGGGACGGGGGGGGGCCCCCAAAGGGGGGGGCCCCGGGGGCCCGGGGCCGGCCAGGGGGGGGACGGGGAGGCCCGGUUUUUGGCCCUUGGUUUUUUCCCCCCCCCCUUUUUUUUUCCGGGUUUUUGGGGGGGGGCCCCCCCCCGGGGGGGGGGGGGGCCCCGGCCCCGGCCCUUUUUGGGGCCCCGGGGGCCCCCCCCAAAAAAUUUUUUUUGGGGGCGGGGAGGGCCCCGGGUUUUUUAAAAAGGGGGGGGGGGGGGGUUUUUCCCCCCCCCGGGGGGGGGGGGGGGCCCCCCUUUUUUUUGGGAAAUUUGGGGGGGCCCUUGGGUUUUUUUUGGGGGGGGGGGGGGGAAAAGGGGGGGGCCGGGGGCCCCCUUGGUUUUUCCGGGUUUUUGGGGGGGGGGCCCCUUUCCCCCCAAAUUUUUUUUGGGGUGGGGGUUUUUUUGGCCUUUGGGGGGGGGGCCCCGGGGGUUUUUGGGGGCCCCCAAAAAUUUUUGGGGGCGUUUGGGGGGGGGCCCCCCGGGGGGGGGCCCCGGGGGGGCCCCCCUUUUUUGGGGGUUUUUGGUUGCGGGGGCCCGGGGGGGGGUUUUUGGGUUUUUAGGGGGGGGGGCCCCCCCCCCCCCUUUUUUUUUGGGGGUUUUUAAAAAGGGGGGGGGUUUUUUGGGGGGGGGGGCCGGGGGCCCCCCUUUUUUUUUGGGGGUCCCUUGGGGGGGUUUUCCCAAACUUUGGGGGGGCCCGGGCCCCCUUUGCGGGGGUUUUUUUGGAGCCCCAAACUUUGGCUUUUGGGGGGGGGUUUUUUUUGGGGGCCCCCUUUUAAAGGGGGGGUUGCCGGGGGCCCGGGGGCCCCCCCGGGGGGGGGUACCCCGGGGGUUCCCCCCCGGCCUUUUUUUGGGGGGGGGGGGGGGGCCCCCAAAAAUUUUGGGGGCCCCAACCCCCCGGGGUUCCCCCAAAGGGGGGGAUUUGUUGGGGCCCCCCCGGGGGGGGGUUUUUUUUUUUUGGGGGGGGGGGGGGGGGGGGAAAAAAAAGGGGGGGGGGGGCCCCAGGGGUUUUUGGGUUUUUUUCCCCGGGGGGGGGGUUUUUUUUUUUGGGGGGGGGGUUUUUUUUAAAAACCCCCCCCCCGGGGGGGGGCCCCCGGGGGUUCCCCCCUUUUUUUUUGGGGGGGAAAACCCCCCCGGGUUUGGCCCUUUUUUGGGGGGGGGGGGGGGCCCCCCCGGGGGGGGGGGGGGGGGCCCUUUUCCCCGGGGAAGGUUUUUGGGGGGGGGGGGAAAAAAAAAAAAGGGUUUGGGGGGGGUUUUUUAAAAAGGGGGGGGGGGUUUGGGGCCCCCCCUUUUUUUGGGCGGGGGGGGUGGGGGUUUUUUUUGGGGGGGGACCCCGGGGGGGCCCUUUUUGGGGGGGAAAAAGGGGGGGGGGGUUUUUAAAAUGGGGGAAAUUUUGGGGGGGGGCCCCCCCCUUUUUUUUUUUUUCCCGGGGGGCCCCCGGGGGGGGGGGGGGGGGAAAAUUUUUUUUGGGGGGGGGUUUUUUUUGGGGGGGGGGCCCCCCCCCCAAAAGGGGGGGAAAAGGGGGGGGGGGAAAAAAGGGGGGGGGGGAAAAAGGGGGGGGGGCCCCCCCCGGGGGAAAAAAAAAAUAACCAAACCCCUUUGUUUCCCCAAAAAACCCCCCCUUUUUAAAAAAGGGGAAAAAACCCCAAAAAAAAAAAAAUUUUUUUGGGGGGGGGUUCCCCCGGGGGUUUGGGUUUUUCCCUUGGGGGAAAAAGGUUUGGGGGGGCCCCCAAAAAUUUUUUGGGGGGCCCCCCGGGUUUUUUUUAAAAAAAACCCCGGGGGGGGAAACCCGGGGUUUUUUUGGGGGUGUCCAGAGCGUCCGAGGGCGUCUGGCGUCCCUGGCCAUAGCAGUGGUGGUGAUCGCUGUGGGAGUCCCUAGUAGUCUAAUGUCAUGUGUGUUGCAGAGCGUCACCGAGGGAGGUCUGGCGUCCCUGGCCAUAGCAGUGGUGGUGAUCGCUGUGGGAGUCCCUAGUAGUCUAAUGUCAUGUGUGUUGCAGAGCGUCACCGAGGGCGUCUGGCGUCCCUGGCCAUAGCAGUGGUGGUGACUACGCUGUGGGAGUCACCUAGUAGUCUAAUGUCAUGUGUGUUGCCAGAGCGUCACCGAGGGCGUCUGGCGUCCCUGGCCAUAGCAGUGGUGGUGAUCGCUGUGGGAGUCCUAGUAGUCUAAUGUCAUGUGUGUUGCAGAGGUCACCGAGGGCGUCUGGCGUCCCUGGCCAUAGCAGUGGUGGUGAUCGCUGUGGGAUCCCUAGUAGUCUAAUGUCAUGUGUGUUGCAGAGCGUCACCGAGGGCGUCUGGCGUCCCUGGCCAUAGCAGUGGUGGUGAUCGCGUGUGGGAGUCCCUAGUAGUCUAAUGUCAUGUGUGUUGCAGAGCGUCACCGAGGGCGUCUGGCGUCCCUGGCCAUAGCAGUGGUGGUGAUCGCUGUGGGAGUCCCUAGUAGUCUAAUGUCAUGUGUGUUGCAGAGCGUCACCGAGGGCGUCUGGCGUCCCUGGCCAUAGCAGUGGUGGUGAUCGCUGUGGGAGUCCCUAGUAGUCUAAUGUCAUGUGUGUUGCAGAGCGUCACGAGGGCGUCUGGCGUCCUGGCCAUAGCAGUGGUGGUGAUCGCUGUGGGAGUCCCUCUGUGGUGGAGGACCACUGAAACAUACAGAGCAUGGCUACCGGUCACCCAGAUCAACCAGCUAGCUCAGCUGCAGGUUAACACAGCUGUGUGUGUGUGUGUGUUCUGUGUGUGGUGGUGUGUGUGGUGUGUGGUGUGUGAGUGUGUGUGUGUGUGUGUGUGUGUGAGAGAUCAAAUUGUAUUUGUCACAUGUUUUGUAGACUAACAGUGAAAUGCUGACUUACGGCGCUUCCCAACAAUACAGAGAAAGAAGAUAGAGAAAUAAUAGCACAGUAAAAGUAUUAAUAAAUACACAAAGAGAAAUGAUAACUUGGCUACAUACAGCAGGGUACCAGUACUGAGUCCAUGUGCAGGGGUACCAGGUAAUUGAGGUAGCUAUGUACAGUCCAAUGCUUGUUAUUCAUUGAUGGAAAUUCCAGUGGAUGUGCUCCAACUUCAAGAUGCUAAUACAUCCUCAAGCUCCUUGCAGAGGUGGGACCAAGUCACUAUUAUUUGAGUUUCAAGCAAGUCUCAAGUCAACAAGGUCCGAGUCUCAAGUCGAGUCCCAAGUUAGACGGGUCAAGUCCAAGUUGUGCUUUCUAAGAGCAAGUCAAGUCAAAACAAUUCUAUACAUGCAACGACUUGUUCAACUACAAAUCUUUGUCUAUUUAUUGAGGACAGCCCUUUUCAUCAUUCUGUCUACAUAUUUUUAUUAGCCUCUGUAAUUGUAAAAUAUGGACCUUGUAGCGGUCGUAAGGGCGUGAAAUCAGCUGAAGGCAACGGCAGGUUGACGUGCUCAGAGUGUAGAUUUAUUUACAGGUCUUGGUGAAAGCGCCAUUAUCAUACAAAAUAUACAAGUAGAUUGACCAAAUAUCCACGGGGCAAUAGGCUUAAAGAAAUAUCCUCUGUAUCAGGCUGAACCAGUCCAAUCUGAAUGGAUGGUAGAGGGCAAAGCUGACCAGCCUCCCCUUGAGAAACCAAAUGGACUCUGUCUGACAGGACCUCAAACAGGCAGGCCUAUGUAAUAUAACCACUCGGCCCCCAGGACCAUACGAUUACCCAACUGGCAAUUACAAACCAAUAAACUGGUUCUACAAUGUAAAAGUACAUUUCCACAUCCGUUGGUACAUUCGUCUUAAUCAGACUUAAUGAUAUUUCAACACCACGCAUACGUGGAACAAUCAUUGUAUCUUAUUCAACGUACUGACUCCAAAGCGUGGAGCGCUGGCCACGUAGCCUAUUUCUAUACACUGAGGCGCUUCCUAUUGCGCACAACCAGAAUGACAGACACACGGAACUCCAACACAACCCGGGAAAUACAAAGGAAACCAUACGUUGAAUUAAAUAAAACAGAAUUUCUACCUCAUGAGCCUUGCCAACGUUCCUGUGCACUAUAAACAUCGCACCCACUCAGAGCAGGGUAAGAAAUGGUUGGCUAUAUGAAAAUGUAUCCUAGGCCUAUGAAACAGAAAUGCUAUUCAGGAGCCUUUUGGUCCCAGACUUGGCGCUCCGGUACCGCUCGCCAUACGGUAGCAGAGAGAACAGUCUAUGACUAGGGUGGCAUGGAGUCUUUGACAAUUUGUAGGGCCGUUCCUCUGACACCGCCCUGGUAUAGAGGUCCUGGAUGGCAGGAAGCUUUGGCCCCAGUGAUGUACUGGCCGUUACGCACUACCCUCUGUAGUGCCUUGCAGUCGGAGGCCGAGUGUUGCCAUACCAGGCGGUGGGUGAUGCAACCAGUCAGGAUGCCUCGAUGGUGCGCGUAUAACUUUUUCAGGGAUCUGAGGACCCAUGCCAAAUCUUUUCAGCCUCUUGAGGUGGAAUAGGCUUUGUCGUGCCCUCUUCACGAACUGUCUUGGUGUGUGUGGACCUGUUAAUUCCUUAAUUUGUGUGUGUGCAGGUUACAGAGUGUGUGUGCAGGUUAACAGAGGGUGUGUGUUGUGUGUGGGUGCAGGUUGUGGCAGUUUACAGAGCUGUGUGUGUGUUAACAUAGCUGUGUUGUGUGAGUGUGUGUGUAACAGAGCUGUGUGUGGUGUGUGUGUGUGCAGGUUAAACAGAGGUGUUGUGUUGUGUGGUGUGGGGUGUGUGUUUGUGUGGUGUGUGUGUGUGUGUGGGUGGGUUUAAACAUAGUGGGUGGGGGUGUGUGUGGUUAACAUAGCUGUGGUGUGGUGUGUGUGUGUAACAUAGCUGUGUGUGGUGGUGUUAAAGAGCGGUGUGUGUGUGUGUAACAGAGCUGUGUGUGUGUGUGUUUGCAGAUCCAGUUGAGUGUGGAAGUGGAGGGUGGUGUUCUCUAGAGGAACUCUGACUACCCGAACACCAGAAGAAAAAUUGAGCCCACCCACACACGGCAGGAGGAGCACACUGUGGACGGUGAGGGGGGGGGGGGGUAGACACGGCAGGAGGAGACACACUGUGGACGGUGAGAGGGGGGGGGGGGUAGACACGGCAGGAGGAGCACACUGUGGGACGGUGAAGGGGGGGGGGGGAGGGGGGGGGUAGACACGGCAGGAGGGCACACUGUGGACGGUGAGAGGGGGGGGGGGUAUAGCACGGCAGGAGGAGCACACUGUGGACGGUGAGGGGGGGGGGGGGGGUACACGGCAGGAGGAGCAACACUGUUUGGACGGUGAGAGGGGGGGGGGGUAGACACGGCAGGAGGAGCACACUGUGGACGGUGAGAGGGGGGGGGGGUAGACACGGCAGGAGGGAGCACACGUGGACGGGAGAGGGGGGGGGGUAGACACGGCGGAGGAGCCACUGUGGACGUGAGAGGGGGGGGGGGGGUAGACACGGCAGGAGGAGCACAUGUGGAGGUGAGUGGGGUGGAGGGGGGGGGGGGUGACCGGGGGGAGAAUUGGGGGGGUGGGGGGGGGGAGACACGGCCAAGGGGAGCACAUGUGGAGGGGGGGGGGGGGGGGGGGGUUUAGACACGCCAGGAGGAGCACCACUGUGGAGGGGGGGGGGGGGGAGGGGGGGUAGGUGGGGGGGGGGUAAUGGUAGACCGGCAAGGAGGAGCACACUGUGGACGGUGAAGGGGGGGGGGGGAAGGGGAGGACAACUGUAGGUGAGGGGGGGUUAGACACGGCCGGAGGAGCCACUGUGGACGGUGAGGGGGGGGGGGGGUGGCACGCGGAGGAGCACAUGUGGACGGUGAGGGGGGGGGGGGGUAGACACGGCAGGAGGAGAACACUGUGGACGGUUUAGGGGGGGGGGGUGGGGGGGGGGUAGACACGGCAGGGGGAGCCCCACUGUGGACGGUGAGGGGGGGGGGGGGGGGGGGGAGACAACGGCAGAGGAGCACAUGUGGACGGUGGGGGGGGGGGGGGGUGGGGUAGACACGGCAGGAGGAGCACACUGUGGACGGUGAGGGGGGGGGGGGGGGGGGUAGAACCACGCCCGAGGAGCACACUGGGGGACGGUUGAGGGGGGGGGGGGGGGGGGGGUAGACACGGCAGGAGGAGCACACGUGGACGGGUGGAGGGGGGGGGGGGGGGGUUUGCAGGCAGGGACACAUGUGGACGGUGAGGGGGGGGGGGGGGUUGGGGGCGCAGAACGGCGAGGAGCACACUUUACGGGGAGGGGGGGGGGGUUUUUGGGGAAAAGGGGGGGGGGUGAGGGGGCGGGGGUGGGGAUUGGUGGGGCGUGUGGGGCGGGGGGGUAGAGGAAGUGACUGACUAGUAGGGCUGUCCAAUAAAAAAUAGUUGUCUGUUCUUUCGACCAUCGAUUGGUGGGACUUUUUUAAAGUGGGUUUUCCAUUAAUUUUAAAAUCCCAGUGUUUUAAUCAAAACCCGAUCCAGGAGGUAAAAAGGGGGAAAAUGGUUUCUCAGGAGGUAAAGGGGAUGAGGUUUCCAGGAGGUAAAGGGGGGUGUUUUUGGGUUUUUCGGAGGUAAAGGGGAAAAAUGGUUUCUCGGAGGUAAAGGGGGAAAGAUGGUUUUGGAGGUAAAGGGGAAUGUUUGGGGUUUUCAGGAGGGGAAAGGGGAAAAGUUUGGUUUCUCAGGGGGGAAAGGGGGAAGUUUUUUUUCUAGGGGGUAAAAGGGAAGAUGGUUCUCAGGAGGAAAGGGGAUGUUUGGUUCUCGGGGGUAAGGGGAAUCUUGGGUUUUUUCAGGAGGAAAGGGGAAAUUUUGGUUUUUCAGGAGGUAAAGGGGAAGGUUUUGGGUUUUUCAGGAGGUAAAGGGAAUGUUGGUUUCUCAGGAGGUUAAAGGGAAAAGUUUGGUUUUCAGGAGGGGAAAGGGGAAUGUUUUGGGUUUUUCAGGAGGUAAAGGGGAAUGUUUGGUUUCUCAGGAGGGGGAAAGGGGAAUGAUGGUUUCUCAGGAGGUAAAGGGAAUUUUUUGGUUUCCGGAGGUAAAGGGGAAUGUUGGUUUUUCAGGAGGGUAAAGGGGAAGUUGGUUUUUCAGGAUGGUAAGGGGAAUGUUUGGUUUCUCAGGAGGUAAAGGGGAAUGUUGGGUUUCUCAGGAGGUAAAGGGGAAAGUUUGGUUCUCAGGAGGGGGAAAGGGGAAUGUUGGUUUCUCAGGAGGUUUAAAAGGGGGAAUGUGGUUUCUCAGGAGGGGAAAGGGGAAUGUUGGUUUCUCAGGAGGUUUAAAAGGGAAUGUUUGGUUUUUAGGAGGGUAAAGGGGAAUGUUUGGUUUCUCAGGAGGUAAAGGGGAAUGUUUGUUGGUUCAAGGGUAAAGGGGAAUGUUUGGUUCUCAGGAGGUAAAGGGGAAUGUUGGUUUCUCAGGAGGUUAAAAGGGGAAUGUUUGGUUUCUCAGAGGGAAAGGGGAAUGUUUGGUUUCUCAGGAGGGUAAAGGGGAAUGUUUGGUUUCUCAGGAGGUAAAGGGGAAUGUUUGGUUUCUCAGGAGGUAAAGGGGAAUGUUUGGUUUCUCAGGAGGUAAAGGGGAAUGAUGGUUUCUCAGGAGUAAAGGGGAAAUAAUUUGGUUUCUAGGAGGAAAGGGGAAUGUUUGGUUUCUCAGGGGGGAAAAGGGGAAUGUUUGGUUCUCAGGGGGGUAAAGGGGAAUGUUUGGUUUCUCAGGAGGUAAAGGGGAAUGUUUGGUUUCUCAGGAGGUAAAGGGAUGUUUGGUUUCCAGGAGGAAAAGGGGGGAAGAUGGUUUCAGGAGGUAAAGGGGAAUGUUUGGUUUUCAGGAGGUUAAAGGGGAAGUUGGUUUCUCAGGAGGUGGUAAAGGGGGAAUGUUUGGUUUCUAGGAGGUAGGGUAAAGGGGAAGGUUUGGUUCUCGGGAGGAAAGGGGAUUUUAAAAAGGGGAAUUUUUGGUUUCUCAGGAGGUAAAGGGGAAUGUUUGGUUUCUCAGGGGGGUAAAGGGGAAUGUUUGGUUUCUCAGGAGGUAAAGGGGAAUUUUUGGGGUUUCUAAAGGAGGUAAAGGGGAAUUUUUGGUUUCUCAGGAGGUAAAGGGGAAUGUUUGGUUUCUCAGGAGGGUAAAGGGGAAUUUUUGGGUUUUCUCGGGGGUAAAGGGGAAUGUUUGGUUUCUCAGGAGGUAAAGGGGAAUGUUUGGUUUUCGGAGGUAAAGGGGAAUGUUUGGUUUUCGGGGGUAAAGGGGAAUGUUUGGUUUCUCGGGAGGGUUAAAGGGGGAAUGUUUGGUUUCUCAGGAGGGUAAAGGGAAUGUUGGUUUCUCAGGAGGUAAAGGGGAAUGUUUGGUUUCUCGGGAGGUAAAGGGGAAUGUUUGGUUUUCAGGGGGGGUUUGAGGGGAAAAAGGGGGAAAUGUUUGGUUUCUCAGGAGGGUAAAGGGGAAUGUUUGGUUUCUCAGGAGGUAAAGGGGAAGUUUGGUUUUCAGGGGGGUUAAAGGGGAAUGUUUGGUUUCCAGGAGGUUAAAGGGGGAAUGUUUGGUUUCUAGGAGGGGUAAAGGGGAAGGUUUGGUUCUCAGGGGGGUAAGGGGAAUGUUGGUUUCUCAGGAGGUAAAGGGGAUGUUUGGUUUCUCAGGAGGUAAAGGGGAAUGAUGGUUUCUCAGGAGGUAAAGGGGAAUGUUUGGUUUCUCAGGAGGUAAAGGGGAAUGUUUGGUUCUCAGGAGGGGUAAAGGGGAAUGUUUGGUUUCUCAGGAGGUAAAGGGGAAUGUUUGGUUUCUCAGGAGGUAAAGGGGAAUGUUUGGUUUCUCAGGAGGUAAAGGGGAAUGUUUGGUUUCUCAGGAGGAAAAAGGGGAAUGUUUGGUUUCAGGGGGGUUAAAGGGGAAAUGUUUGGUUUCCGGGAGGUAAAGGGGAAUGUUGGUUUUCUCAGGAGGUAAAGGGGAGGGUUUGGGUUUUCUCAGGAGGGGUAAAGGGGAAUGUUGGUUCUCAGGAGGUAAAGGGGAAUGUUUGGUUUCAGGAGGUUAAAGGGGAAAUUUUUGGUUUUCUCAGGAGGUUGGUAAAGGGGAAUGUUUGGUUUCCAGGAGGUAAAGGGGAAUGUUUGGUUUCAGGAGGUAAAGGGGAAUGUGGUUUUCAGGAGGUAAAGGGGAAUGUUUGGUUUCUCGGGGAGGUAAAGGGGAAUUUUUGGUUUCAGGAGGGUAAAGGGAAUUUUUGGUUUUCUCAGGAGGUAAAGGGGAAUGUGGUUCUCAGGAGGUAAAGGGGAUGUUUGGUUCUCAGGAGGUAAAGGGGAAUUUUUGGUUUCUCAGGAGGAAAAGGGGGAAUGGGUUUAGAGGUAAGGGAAUUUUUGGUUUCUCAGGGGGGAAAAAAAAGGGGGAAUGUUUGGUUUCAGGAGGUAAAGGGGAAUGUUGGUUUCAGGAGGUAAGGGAAUGUUUGGUUUCUCAGGGGUAAAGGGGAAUGUUUGGUUUUCAGGAGGUAAAGGGGAAUGUUGGUUUCUCAGGAGGAAAGGGGAAUGUUUGGUUUCUAAGGAGGUAAAGGGGAAUGUUUGGUUUCUCAGGGGGUAAAGGGAUGUUGGUUCAGGAGGUAAAGGGGAAGUUUGGUUUUCAGGUAAAGGGGAAUGUUUGGUUUCUCGGAGGGUAAAGGGGAAUGUUUGGUUUUCAGGAGGUUAAAGGGGAAUGUUUGGUUCUCAGGAGGUAAAGGGGAAUUUUUGGUUUCUCAGGAGGUAAAGGGGAAUUUUUGGGUUUUUCCCAGGAGGUAAGGGGGUUGGUAAAAAGGGGAAUGUUUGGUUUCUCAGGAGGUAAAGGGGAAUGUUUGGUUUCUCAGGAGGUAAAGGGGAAUGUUUGGUUUCUCAGGAGGUAAAGGGGAAUGUUUGGUUUCUCAGGAGGUAAAGGGGAAUGUUUGGUUUCUCAGGAGGUAAAGGGGAAUGUUUGGUUUCUCAGGAGGUAAAGGGGAAUGUUGGUUUCUCAGGAGGUAAAGGGGAAUGUUUGGUUUCUCAGGAGGUAAAGGGGAAGUCAGAUGUGUGGAAUAAAGGUGACUAGUUGUGUAAAAUUCAUAAAGUUCAAGACAAACAAGGUAAGGAGAAGCGCUGCUGCAUAUUAUGUGUCUCAAACAGGUGCUGUAUAGAUGACUACAUAAUGUUUCUGACCGUUUGGAACAAUGUAAACAACACUAAAUACAUUAUAAGCAACCAGAGAGUCUGUUGUAAGUUUAUGGUGAACCCUUUUAUUACAACAAGGACUAAAAACAGUCGCAUGCAUUCGUGAACGAAAACUGCCGACAGGAACGGUUAUUUAUUGUAUAAGCUAAUAAUUCAAGGCUCGCUUUAUUUUAAAAUAAAAUGCUUUUUUGCAUUCUAAAGUAUGAAUAACUCGUAUGCAGUGUGAUGACAAUAACUAUUGAUUGAUUGAUACAGUAGCCUAUAGAAGUAUUUAAAUAUUGUUGCAGGAUUAAGACUAAACAUAAUGCACUCUUAGGCCUACUGCUCCAUGGUGGUUAUACAAGGCUACUAAUGAUAACGACAUGACUUAUUAUUAUAAUGAUGAUCAUAAUAACAACAAUAAGAGGGAGAUCUAGAUAAAGGAGGGUUUAGAAUUAUUAUUAUUAUAAAUAAUUAUUUUUCUGCCUGUUUGGAACAGUGUAAACAACACUAAAUAAAUAAUACCAGAGAGGCUGUUCUAAUGAAAGAAAGCGUACAACCUUUAUUACAGCACAGCAAAGAUUACAAACAGCAGAAUUAGUGAACUUGUUUAUCCCACAUGUUGUGGUUGUGUGAGGCUUGGUGCUCACGGAAUCAGUAGGCUGUUACUCAAACACUCCAAAAAGGGAACAGAAGCAGGAUCUGCCUUGUUUCUGUAGAUAUGGUGAUUUCUAAAGCCCGGCCCAUUAACAGUUAGGCUAUUGAUUAAGACCUAAUUAAGUUAUGGUUUCCUCUCUCCUCACUUUCUUAGACAAUUAAGGCAAGGGUGUUUUUUUGUCCUAACUCCACUGCUGCCUCCGCCGCAUUUUUCUCAACACCAAAUUUCUAGUUAACUUUGCUAUUAUGCAAUAGAACAUGGUUAGGAAAAAAGCGCAAAAUUCAAAAGGCACUGAUUGGUUUCAGAACCGCGGACAGCGACCCCUAUCCAAGGUGAGAAAGCACAUUUGUUAUAAAAUAAUAUUCUUUUAUUAUUGUUUGCACCUUGUUCUUACAUAAUAUAACCAUAUAUAAUUCAGUAGCACAUGUCUUAGACUGAGGAUGUGCCAUCCCCACGUACUCCAUUUAAAGGAUCAGUCCACUCAGACAGACCUCCAUAAGGAUCAAUCCACUCGACAGGCCUCCACAAUGGAUCAGUCCACUCAGACAGGACCAAUCAGACAAGUGUCUUGUGACACCAUUUGGUUUUUGCUUUUGCCGAGUAAAGAAAUCUCAGUUCGACCGACAGCUAUAUCCAGUAGACAAAUGGGGUCAGCCCUACUGAAUAUAACAUUUCAAUUUUUUAAACAGGGGCGAGCAGGCAAAACAAGGGAAAAGAGGGGGAGAAAAAGGAAGAAAAAACGAAAAGAAAUCGGGGCCCUAAACCGGGGCCCCCGCCUACCCUCGCUCCUCCCUUUCCCCCUCUCUCCCCCCUGCCCUCCUCUCCCCCCUUCCUCCCCCAUCCCCUCUCCCCCCUCCCCUUCUCUCCAAUCCUCCCCUCUCCCCCCCUUGGGUCCUUCUAUCCCAUCCCUCCCCUCCCCCAACCUCUCCAUGGCCUCCCUUUCCUAUCUUCUACCCCCCUGCAGGCAGGGGUUAGCCCACAGGGGGAUGAGAUUUUGAUCACACCUUCCUCGGCUCUCAGCCUAUCAUCUGGGUAUUAUCUUUCUGAACCAGCCCACCGCUGCAGGUCAGUGGCUGUCUCAGCCUAUCAGCUGGGUAUCUUUCUGAACCAGCCCACCGCUGCAGGUCAGUGGCUGUCUCAGCCUAUCAGCUGGGUAUCUUUUCUUCAGAUCUAGAAUAUAAACUGUCAUUAUGUAUCAUCUCUCUCUCUUCCCCUCCAGAGACUGAUCGGUCUCUUCAUCUGCUCAGUGAGAGCCCCUGUGGCUCCGUGGUCAUCUAUGUGCUCCCAGAAUCCUCCACACUGCUACCAGAGGUGAGAACACAGACACACGUAAUAUUGAUUCUCUCAAGUCAAAGGGUGGCUACUUUGAAGAAUCUCAAAAAAUAUAUUUUGAUUUGUUUAACACUUUUUUAGUUACUACAUGAUUCCCAUAUGUGUUAUUCAUAGUUUUGAGUUUCACUAUUAUUCUACAAUGUAGAAAAUAGUAAAAAUAAAGAAAAACCCUUGAAUGAGUAGGUGUGUCCAAACUUUUGACUAUACUGUGUAUAUAUAAUAUGUGUGUGUUCCAGGCUGUGAGUGUUUACGUGGGUCAGAGGCGGACAGGUUGUGUAACCCAAUGAAAGUGGGCCUUCCUAAAGUUAACCACCGGAGGCCCAAUCAGAACCCAGGUUCCUCCAGGUAGUCCUUACCCAAACCCCGAUCCUUUGCAGGUUAGCCUAACUAACCCCGUUUAACAGAGGGGUUGGUCAAUGAACCCCCUUUUAACCCAGUCCAGGUUAGUCCUAAUCCUAACCCCUAGUUAACCCAGUCCAGGUUAGUCCUAAUCCUAACCCCUAGUUAAUCCUAGUCCAGGUUAGUCCUAAUCAAACCCUAGUUUAACCAGCCCGGUUAGUCCUAAUCCUAACCCUAGUUAACCCCCCGUCCAGGUUAGUCCUAACCUAACCCUAGUUAACCCCAGUCCAGGUUAGUCCUAAUCCUAACCCCUAGUUAACCCCAGUCCAGGUUAGUCCUAAUCCUAACCCCUAGUUAACCCUAGUCCAGGUUAGUCCUAAUCCUAACCCCUAGUUAAUCCUAGUCCAGGUUAGUCCUAAUCCUAACCCCUAGUUAAUCCUAGUCCAGGUUAGUCCUAAUCCUAACCCCUAGUUAACCCCAGUCCAGGUUAGUCCUAAUCCUAACCCCUAGUUAAUCCCAGUCCAGGUUAGUCUUUUCCUAAAUAAACCCAAAUCGGUUAGUUCCAAUCUAAUUUUUAUUCCUAGAGGGAGGGCCUAAUAAACUCCUAAGUUACCUAGCCAGGUUGUUAUUAAACCUCCCCAGUUCCCAUCCAGGGUUUUUCCAAUCAACCAAGAACCCCCCAAAUUUCCUAAUUAACAAAAUUAACCUAGGGGCCAGGUUGCCAAUUUACCCCCAACAGCCCGGGUCCUUAACCCAAACCCAGGGUUAAUUAAACAAAAAUUGUUUCAACCGGUCCCAGCCCGGUUUGUCCCCACCCUGUUCAUGUAUUAGUAUAAUAAAAGUGGAUUGAUAGAGUAAGGUUAUUAUAUUGUUAAGAAGGGGAAAGGGAUAGGGGUUAUAAGUGAGUUGAAUGAGAAAUUUGGUUGAUAAUCGUUCAGUGGUGCAUUUCAGAUUUCAGUAAGCACUUAGAAACUAAACAUUGUUGCCAACUAUUCACAUCGGAGAGUUACAAUGAAGACAAUCACCUAGGCAGCCAACUGUCUAUAGUAGGAAACAGAGUUGUUAUCAAUCACCAGGCAGCCAACUGUCUAUAGUAGGAAACAGAGUUGUUAUCAAUAAGCCAUGUAUAUCACAUGACACGAGUCACGACCCCACGAUAGUUCAAAUUACAAUAAACAUAACAUUUAUUAACAUCAUCCAGUAGAACUGUAAAAAAUAAUUGAGAUAUCAUUUGAGCUUCGGAAACAAGUGCUUUCAUAAAUGCAUGGCGGGCCUCGUUUCACAGGAGCAUUGGAAAAUAAGCUUUCAAUUAACCAGCCUUAACGAAUGUUGUUUAUUUACAUAUCGAAUUUGAUUGUCCAACAUCAGUUUAAUAAUUUCUUCAUUGUGUGGUCGCCUAGUGUCCUCUUUCCUCUGAUGGGAAUGGGAUGGGCCAGCCCAGGCAUGGCUAGAAGGGAUCCAGCUUUGGUCAAAUUAACGUCAAAAGUAGAUUUUUAUUUGUCAUUUUAGCUAACCCUAACCCUUUUCCUAACCUUAACCUAAUUAUCCUAACCUGCUGCUUAAGUUCUCCUAACCUGCUACGAAAAGUCAAAUCUGACUUUAAUUUGACAAAUGCUGGAUUCCUUCUAGCCAUGAGCGGCCGGCCCUGGUGUCCGUAGAUAGGUUGCAAUCACUAGUCAGCCAACUGUCUAUAGUAGGAAACAUGAGCGGCCGGCCCUGGUGUUCGUAGACAGCCAUGCUGGAUUCGUUCUAGCCAUGAGCGGCCGGCCCUGGUGUCCGUAGACAGCCAUGUUGGAUUCCUUCUAGCCAUGAGCGGCCGGCCCUGGUGUCCGUAGACAGCCAUGUUGGAUUCCUUCUAGCCAUGAGCGGCCGGCCCUGGUGUCCGUAGACAGCCAUGUUGGAUUCCUUCUAGCCAUGAGCGGCCGGCCCUGGUGUCCGUAGACAGCCAUGUAGUGUUAUUUAUUAGGUCUAAUGGAGAUGUUCAUGCCGGGGCUAAAUUCAAUUACAGAGGCAUAGAUUGUACUUGAAAACAGCUGUAUUUUGUUAUUUAUUAAUGAAAAUGUUCAUACAAGGUCGGUCGCAAAUUAUAUUAUACAAAUAAUAUAUUUUGAAGUUGUGUUUUAUUACUCUGAAGGCGACUUGUUUUUCUAGGCCAACUCUUUUUACUGACUCGAUUCAUGAUUUGUUUUUCCCCAGUGACUCGUUCAUUUUAGUCGUUCAUUUGACGCUGGCCGCAAUAAAUUCUACUGCAGGAUUAAUACGCGUUCUUCUCUCACUAAACCUGCGGCCGUGCUCUGACCACGAACUGUCUAGAUCACGCUUUAGAACUGAUAAUUGAUCGUAUCACGGUGCAAGAAGGAAAUAAUGAAUGCAAUUAAUUGAUUAUUCAAUGUUAUGGAUGGAUACCGUUUUGUAGAACCAAAACGCAGCCAUGUCUCUGCUCAACACUCAAACUCGAAGAACUAAUCGUUUGAGGGGCUGCUGCAGUUGGCACGUGCUAAUCUCCCUCGGCAGUCAAGUCAUUCCGCCAAGAUACAUUUGACAUUUUAGUCAUUUAGCAGACGCUCUUAUCCAGAGCGACUUACAGUCAGUGAGUGCAUACAUUUUCAUACAAUGGGAUUUUCUUUUCUAUCGGACGAUUCCGCAACAGUUUUAUUUAUAGGCUUUUCAUUUAUUUGAUCGUCCAAAAGUCGCCAUUAGCCGGCUAACGGAAACCUUGGUACACCCCUACCCUUUAUCGUCCAUUAAAUGACUAAAACAAAUGAUUAGAAAUCAUCAGAGAGUAACUUGGAGGGUCCAGCCUUACGUGAAGAUCAGAAACGUGGUCUGGUUUGGUCUUAACCAUACAGGUAACAAGUUAUACCAAGAUCAAAAGAGCUCUUUGAGGCCCUCAGAGGAAACAUUGUUGAGGCCCGUGAGUCUGGGAGGAGUCACAGAGCCAUUUCCAAGCAAUUUAAAGUCAAUCAUUCCAGUGUCUGAUGGAUAAUUUAUAGAUGGAGAGAAAAUUCCAGACCACUGGCAAUCUCUCUAGGAGGAAGUCCCACCAAAUUCAGCCCAAGAGCUGUCCGAAAGAUGCUAAAAAAAAGUCUCUAAGAACCCCCAGGGUAACAUCAUGGGAUCUACAGGCCUCUCUUGACACAAUCGACGUCGAACUGCAUGAGUCAACGGUCAGAAAGGGACUACACACACUUGGUCUCCAUGGGAGGCCAAGGAGGAAGAAGCUUCUGCUCUCCAAAAAAUCAUAUAAAUGCACGGCUGUAGUUUGCCAGAAUUUAAAUGAUGUGUGUCGCGCAGUCAAAAUGUUACAAUAUGCAGCGUGUUCCACAAAAUGUGUAUAUGUAUAACGUUUUUUGAAAACGCUCAUAACUUAACUUACAUAAAUUGCACUGAAAAUCGGUGGUCAGCUAGAAGGGUUCUAUAGUCGCUAAACGUACCGUUAUUUUCCAGUCCAUUUAAAUCAAAUCAAAUCAAAUGUUAUUGGCCACAUGCGCCGAAUACAACAGGUGCAGACAUUACAGUGAAAUGCUUACUUACAGCCCUUAACCAACAGUGCAUUUAUUUUUUACAAAAAAGUAAAAAUAAAACAACAACAAAAAGUGUUGAGAAAUAAAGAGCAGAAGUAAAAUAAAAUAACAGUAGGGAGGCUAUAUAUAUAUAUGUUGAACUCGAGGUGAUUUAGUCCUCCAAUCGCUAGAGAGUGUCCGAAGUUGGGUGAAAAUUAGCUAGUUUGCCAGACAACACCUGGGUGAAGAACAAUGUGCUCUGGACAGAUGAGUCAAAGGUGGCGUUGUUUGGCCACUAUGCCAGACGUCAUGUUUGGUAAAAACAAAACACGGCCUUUUGAACGGAAGAACCUCACACCAACCAUAGAGCAUGCCGCCUCAGGGCCUGGCCAGUUUGCCGUCAUUGAGUCAACCGUCAAUCCACAUUGUACCAGAGAAUACUGGAGGAGAUUGUGAGGCCAUCUUUCAAAAAAGCUGAACCCAAAAUGGAUCUUGCAACAGGACAAUGGUCCAAAACAUAGGAGCAAAUCCACAACGGAAUGGCUCAAAAAUAAGAAAUGAAGGGUUAUGGAAUGGCCGAGUCAAAGGCCAGAUCUUAAUCCUAUAGAAAUGAAGGGUUAUGGAUUGGCCGAGUCAAAGGCCAGAUCUUAAUCCUAUAGAAAUGCUGAGGGGGACUUGAUGCGGGCCGUACAUGCAAGAAAGCCCUCAAACAACACACAGUUGAAGCCGUUCUGGAAGGAAGAGUGGGAAAAAAUUCCUCCCAGUCGAUGUAAGAGACAGUUACAAGAAACACCUACAUUAAAGAGAUGCUUCAGGAUUUUGACAAUGAAGGCCUUUCUCUACUUCCCCAGAGUCAGAUGAACUCGUGGAUCCCAGUAUUAUGUCUCCGUGUCCAGUUUGAAGGAAAUUGCUAACUGGCGUUAGCGCAAUGACUGGAGGUCUAUGGGUAUUUUAGCAUUCUAGCAGAUACCCAUAGACUUCCAGUCAUUGCGCUAACUCUAGUUAGCAUUGGCUCACAAAACUACCUCUUAACUUCCUUCAUUGUGGACAAAGAGACAUAAAAAUGGUGUCCAUGAGUUCAUCUGACUCUGGGGAAGUAGAUACAGGGCCUCAUUGGGGAAUUAACACAGAAAUAUGUGUUCUAGAUCUGUGAUUCUCAUUGAAAGCCAGUCUAAGAAGCGGUAGAUCUGUUCUAUGUGAGCUAUUUCUAUGCUUCCCGUUCUUAAGUGUCGUUUUUGCGACUUUUACUUUCGGUUUUGUCCACCAGCUUCAACAACCUGAAAACACAAUAUUUUUGGUUUAAUUAAAAUAUAUUUCACAGCAGUUUAGAUGGUCCAAUGAUUCUCUACACACUAUAGAUUGCUUGUUUUGUCACACAAACUGAAAUUAGGCGAACUAUUAGAAUUUUUGCAACCAGGAAAUGGCAGAGCGAUUUCUGCAUAUUGCAUCUUUUAAGUUAUUUCAGCCAAAGGGGGCAACACCAGCUAUUGUUGCUAGGGGUGUACUUACUUUUCCUGUACAUUUCAUUCCUGUAGAUAGAUUUUUGUUGAAUAAAUGAUUGCCAAGUGUAGCUUUUCAGUGUUAUUUGAUAAAUUAGGUUCCCUUUAUCUGUCAAUAGUAUUGAAAUGAAGAUCAAUUAUCCAUAUGACCAAAUAUGUCAAAAAAUAACUUUUCGGCGUUGUAUGUCCACACGUCGAUCUUACAUUUUGCUCUCUCCCCCCCUCCUCUCUAUUCUCUCUCUCCCCCCUCCCCUCCCCUGCAGGUUAUGAAAUAACCUUCAGCUUGUUGAACCCUGACCCUAAAUCUCACCAUCUGCACUGGGACAUAGAGGCAGCGGUCCAGAGCUAUGUCCAACCGCUCCUGUCUAAGCUGGCCCCGGUGGCUGACUUCAGUCUGGACUCACAGAUCCUCUACUACGCCGUCCUGGGGGUCAACCCACGUUACGACCCCUCCCUCAACGCCUACACGCUCAACGCUGACAGCCUAUCUCACGUCAUUAACCCCGUAGAGGCCAGGCUGGGUGAGAACACGCACAGGUGUACAGUGUUCAGACCCCUUGACUUGUUCUACAUUUUGUUACGUUACAGCCUUAUUCUAAAAUGGAUUAAAUAGUCCCCCCCCCCCCUCAUCAAUCUACACACAAUACCCCAUAAUGACAAAGCAAAAAACAGGUUUUUAGAAAUUUUAGCAAAUGUAUUAAUAAUAACAAACUGAAAUAUCACAUUUACAUAAGUAUUCAGACCCUUUACUCAGUAAUUUGUUGAAGCACCUUUGGCAGCGAUUACAGCCUUGAGUCUUCUUGGGUAUGACGCUACAAGCUUGGCACACCUGUAUUUGCGGAGUUUCUCCCAUUCUUCUCUGCAGAUCCUCUCAAGCUCUGUCAGGUUGGAUGGGGAGCGUUGCUGCACAGCUAUUUUCAGGUCUCUCCAGAGAUGUUCGAUCAGGUUCAAGUCCGGGUUCUGGCUGGGCCACUCAAGGACAUUCAGAGACUUGUCCCGAAGUCACUCCUGCGUUGUCUUGGCUGUGCGCUUAGGAUCGUUGUCCUGUUGGAAGGUCUGAUGUCCUGAGCGCUCUGGAGCAGGUUUUCAUCAUGGAUCUCUCUGUACUUUGCUCCGUUAAUCUUUGCCUCGAUCCUGACUAGUCUCCCAGUCCCUGCCGCUGAAAAACAUCCCCACAGCAUGAUGCUGCCACCACCAUGCUUCACCGUAGGGAUGGUGCCAGGUUUCCUACAGACGUAACGCUUGGCAUUCAGGCCAAAGAGUUCAAUCUUGGUUUCAUCAGACCAGAUAAUCAUGUUUCUCCUGGUCUGAGAGUCCUUUAGGUGCCUUUUUGCAAACUCCAAGCGGGCGGUCAUGUGCCUUUUACUGAGGAGUGGCUUCCGUCUGGCCACGCUACCAUAAAGGCCUGAUGGGUGGAGUGCUGCAGAGAUGGUUGUCCUUCUGGAAGGUUCUCCCAUCUCCACACAGAGGAACUCUAGAGCUCUGUCAGUGACCAUUGGGUUCUUGGUCACCUCCCUGACCAAGGCCCUUCUCCCUCGAUUGCUCAGUUUGGCCGGGCGGCCAGCUCUAGGAAGAGUCUUGGUGGUUCCAAACUUUAAGAAUGAUGGAGGCCACUGUGUUCAUGGCGACCUUCAAUGCUGCAGACAUUGUUUUGGUACCCUUCUCCAGAUCUGUGCCUCGACACAAUCCUGUCUCGGAGCUCUACGGACAAUUUCUUCGACCUCAUGGCUUGGUUUUUGCUCUGACAUGCACUGUCAACUGUGGGACCUUUAUAUAGACAGGUUUGUGCCUUUCCAAAUCAUGUCCAAUCAAUUGAAUUUACCACAGGUGGACUCCAAUCAAUUUGUAGAAACAUCUCAAAGAUGAUCAAUGGAAACAGGAUGCAGCUGAGCUCAAUUUCGAGUCUCAUAGGAAAAGGUCUGAAUACUUACGUAAAUAAGGUAUCUGUUUUUUAUUUUGAAUACAUUUGCAAAAUAACCUGUUUCCGCUUUGUCAUUAUGGGGUAUUGUGUGUAGAUGAGGAUUUUUUUUCUUUCUUUAAUCCAUUUUAGAAUAAGGCUGUAACGUAACAAAAUGUGGAAAAAGUCAAGGGGUCUAAAUACUUUAUGAAUGCACUGUAUCUACGUACACACAUGUACAGUGCCUUCAGAAAGUAUUCAGACCCCUUGACUUUUUCCACAUUUUGUUACAGCCUGAAAUAGAAAUGCAAAUAACAUCUCACCCAUCUACACACAAUACUCCAUAAUGACAAAGUUAAAAUGAGAUAUUUCUGUAUUUCAUUUUCAAUACAUUUGCAAAAAUGUAAAAAUACAUGUUUUCACUAUGCCAUUAUGGGGUAUUGUGUGUAGAUAUGUGAGAAAAACAAUAUAUUUAAUCAAUUUUAAAUUCAGGCUGAAACACAACAAAAUAACAGUAGAGUAGAAAAUAACAUGGUUAUAUAAACAGGGAGUAGAAAAUAACAUGGUUAUAUAUACAGGGAGUAGAAAAUAACAUGGUUAUAUAUACAGGGAGUAGAAAAUAACAUGGUUAUAUAUACAGGGAGUAGAAAAUAACAUGGUUAUAUAUACAGGGAGUAGAAAAUAACAUGUUAUAUAUACAGGGAGUAGAAAAUAACAUGGUUAUAUAUACAGGGAGUAGAAAAUAACAUGUUAUAUAUACAGGGAGUAGAAAAUAACAUGGUUAUAUAUACAGGGAGUAGAAAAUAACAUGGUUAUAUAUACAGGGAGUAGAAAAUAACAUGGCUAUAUAUACAGGGAGUAGAAAAUAACAUGGCUAUAUAUACAGGGAGUAGAAAAUAACAUGGUUAUAUAUACAGGGAGUAGAAAAUAACAUGGUUAUAUAUAAAGGGAGUAGAAAAUAACAUGGUUAUAUAUACAGGGAGUAGAAAAUAACAUGGUUAUAUAUACAGGGAGUAGAAAAUAACAUGGUUAUAUAUAAAGGGAGUAGAAAAUAACAUGGUUAUAUAUACAGGGAGUAGAAAAUAACAUGGUUAUAUAUACAGGGAGUAGAAAAUAACAUGGUUAUAUAUACAGGGAGUAGAAAAUAACAUGGUUAUAUAUACAGGGAGUAGAACAUAACAUGGUUAUAUAUACAGGGAGUAGAAAAUAACAUGGUUAUAUAUACAGGGAGUAGAAAAUAACAUGGCUAUAUAUACAGGGAGUAGAAAAUAACAUGGCUAUAUAUACAGGGAGUAGAAAAUAACAUGGUUAUAUAUACAGGGAGUAGAAAAUAACAUGGUUAUAUAUACAGGGAGUAGAAAAUAACAUGUUAUAUAUACAGGGAGUAGAAAAUAACAUGGUUAUAUAUACAGGGAUUAGAAAAUAACAUGGUUAUAUAUACAGGGAGUAGAAAAUAACAUGUUAUAUAUACAGGGAGUAGAAAAUAACAUGGUUAUAUAUACAGGGGAGUAGAAAAUAACAUGGUUUAUAUAUACAGGGAGUAGAAAAUAACAUGGUUAUAUAUACAGGGAGUAGAAAAUAACAUGGUUAUAUAUACAGGGAGUAGAAAAUAACAUGGUUAUAUAUACAGGGAGUAGAAAAUAACAUGGUUAUAUAUACAGGGAGUAGAAAAUAACAUGGUUAUAUAUACAGGGAGUAGAAAAUAACAUGUUAUAUAUACAGGGAGUAGAAAAUAACAUGUUAUAUAUACAGGGAGUAGAAAAUAACAUGUUAUAUAUACAGGGAGUAGAAAAUAACAUGGUUAUAUAUACAGGGAGUAGAAAAUAACAUGGUUAUAUAUACAGGGAGUAGAAAAUAACAUGGUUAUAUAUACAGGGAGUAGAAAAUAACAUGGUUAUAUAUACAGGGAGUAGAAAAUAACAUGGUUAUAUAUACAGGGAGUAGAAAAUAACAUGUUAUAUAUACAGGUUAAUUAUACAGGGAGUAGAAAAUAACAUGUUAUAUAUACAGGGAGUAGAAAAUAACAUGGUUAUAUAUACAGGGAGUAGAAAAUAACAUGGUUAUAUAUACAGGGAGUAGAAAAUAACAUGGUUAUAUAUACAGGGAGUAGAAAAUAACAUGGUUAUAUAUACAGGGAGUAGAAAAUAACAUGGUUAUAUAUACAGGGAGUAGAAAAUAACAUGGCUAUAUACAGGGAGUAGAAAAUAACAUGGUUAUAUAUACAGGGAGUAGAAAAUAACAUGGUUAUAUAUACAGGGAGUAGAAAAUAACAUGGCUAUAUACAGGGAGUAGGAAAUCACAGUACGGACCGAACGGUUACAGUAAUUUCACUGUGUUUUUCAGGCUCCAGCGCUGCGUCAUCCAACCCUGUCCUGAACUUCCUGCUGUACGUUCCAGAUGCACGCCACUCCCCCCUCUACAUCACCGACCACCGCAAAGACAUUGUCGUCUCCAAUGCUUUCAGCUCCCCGCGCUGGGGUGGCAUCAUGGUAACACACACACACACACACACACACACACACACACACACACACACACAUACUCAUUCAAGGGUUUUUCUUUAUUCGUACUAUAUUCUACAUUGUAGAAUAAUAGUGAAGACAUCAAAACUAUGAAAUAACACAUAUGGAAUCAUGUAGUAAUCAAAAGUGUUAAACAAAUCAACAUAUAUUUUAUAUUUGAGAUUCUUCAAAGUAGCCACCCUUUGGCUUGAUGACAGCUUUGCACACUCUUGGCAUUCUCUCAACCAGCUUCAUGAGGUAGUCACCUGGAAUGCAUUUCAAUUAACAGGUGUACCUUGUUAAAAGUUAAUUUGUGGAAUUUCUUUCCCUCUUAAUGCGUUUGAGCCAAUCAGUUGUGUUGUGACAAGGUAGGGGGGUAUACAGAAGAUAGCCCUAUUUGGUAAAAGACCAAGUCCAUAUUAUUGCAAGAACAGCUCAAAUAAGCAAAGAGAAACGACAGUCCAUCAUUACUUUAAGAUAUGAAGGUCAGUCAAUCCAGAAAAUGUCAAGAACUUUGAAAGAUUCUUCAAGUGCAGUCGCAAAAACCAUAAAGCGCUAUGAUGAAACUGGCUCUCAAGAGGACCGCCACAGGAAAGGAAGACCCAGAGUUACCUCUGCUGCAGAGGAUUAGUUCAUUAGAGUUACCAGUCUCAGAAAUUGUAGCCCAAAUAAAUGCUUCACAGAGUUCAAGUAACAGACACAUCUCAACAUCAACUGUUCAGAGGGGGCAGAAACCCCUACUAAAGGACACCAAUAAGAAGAAGAGACUUGCUUGGGCCAAGAAACACGAGCAAUGGACAUUAGACCGGUGGAAAUCUGUCCUUUUGGUCUGAUGAGUCCAAAUUUGAGAUUUCUGGUUCCAACCGCCGUGUCUAUUUACCAAGAAGGAGAGUGAUGGAGUGCUGUGUCAGAUGACCUGGCCUCCACAAUCACCCAACCUCUAACCAAUUGAGAUGGUUUGGGAUGAGUCGGACGGCAGAGUGAAGGAAAAGCAGCCAACAAGUGCUCAGCAUAUGUGGGAACUCCUUCAAGACUGUUGGAAAAUCAUUCCAGGUGAAGCUGGUUGAGAGAAUGCCAAGAGUGUGCAAAGCUGUCAUCAAGGCAAAGGGUGGCUACUUUGAAGAAUCUCAAAUCUAAAAUAUAUUUUGAUUUGUCAACACUUGUUUGGUUACGACAUGAUUCCAUAUGUGUUAUUUCAUUGUUUUGAUGUCUUCACUAUUAUUCUACAAUGUAGAAAAUAGUAAAAAUAAAGAAAAACCCUUGAAUGAGUAGGUGUGUCCAAACUUUUGACUGGUACUGUAUCUCUAGUGCGUUCAGAAAGAAUUCACAUCCUUUGACUUUUUCCACAUAUUGUUGUUGCAAAGUGGGAUUCAAAUGGAUUUCAUUGUCAUUUUUUGUCAAUGAUCUACACAACAUACUCAAAUGUCAAAGUGGAAGAAACUUUAUUACAUUUGUUUUUUUUUAAAUCAUGAAAAAUACAACACUAAUAUAUCUUGAUAAGAUAGGUAUUCAACCCUCUGAAUCAAUACAUGUUAGAAUCAAAUCACAGUCUUUCUGGGUAAGUCUCUGAGAGCUUUCCACACCUGGAUUGUACAACAUUUGCCCAUUAUUCUUUAGAAAAUUCUUCAAGCUCUGUCAAAUUGGUUGUUGAUCAUUGCUAGACAACCAAUUGCAGGUCUUCAGGCCAUAGAUUUUCAAGCAGGUUAAAGUCAAAACUGUAACUCGGCCAUCAGGAACAUUCACUGUCUUCUUGGUAACCAACUCCAGUGUAGAUUUGGCCUUGUGUUUUAGGUUAUUGUCCUGCUGAAAGGAGAAUUCAUCUCCCAGUGUCUGUUGGAAAGCAGACUGAACAAGGUUUUCCUCCAGGAUUUUGCCUGUGCUUAGCUCCAGUCAAUUUCUUUUUUAUCCUGAAAAACUCCCCAGUCCUUAAUGAUAACAAGCAUACCCAUAACAUGAUGCAGCCACCACUAUGCUUGAAAAUAUAGAGAGUGGGACUCAGUAAUGUGUUGUAUUGGAUUGUCCCCAAACAUAACACUUUGUAUUCAGGAUAAAAAGUUAAUUGCUUUGCCACAUUUUCUGCAGUUUACUUUAGUGCCUUGUUGCCAAACAGGAUGCAUGUUUUGGAAUAUUUUUAUUCUGUACAGGCUUCCUUCUUUUCACUCUGUCAAUUAGGUUAGUAUUGUGGAGUAACUACAAUGUUGUUGAUCCAUCCUCAGUUUUCUUCUAUCACAGCCAAUAAACUCUGUAACUGUUUUAAAGUAAUCAUUGGCCUCAUGGUGAAAUCCCUGAGCUGUUUCCUUCCUCUACGACAACUGAGUUAGGAAGGACGCCUGUAUCUUUGUAGUGACUGGGUGUAUUGAGACACCAUCCAAAGUGUAAUUAAUAACUUCACCAUGCUCAAAGGGAUAUUCAAUGUCUGCUUUUUUUUUUUUUUUUACCCAUCUACCAAUAGGAGCCCUUCUUUGCGAGGCAUUAAAAAACCUCCCUGGUCUUUGUGGUUGAAUCUGUGCUUGAAAUUCACAGCUCGACUGAUGGACCUUACAGAUAAUUGUCAGAGAUGAGGCAGUCAUUCAAAAAUCAUGUAAACACUAUUUAGUCCAUGCAACUUAUUAUGUGACUUGUUAAGCAAAUGUUUACUCCUGAACUUCUUUAGGCCAUAACAAAGGGGUUGAAUACUUAUUGACUCAAGACAUUUCAGCUUUUCAUUUGUAAUUAAUUUGUAAAAAAUUUGAAAUAACAUAAUUCCACUUUGACAUUAUGGGGUAUUGUGUGCAGGCUAGUGACACCAAAUCUCAAUGUAAUCCAUUUUAAAUUCAGGCUGUAACACAACAACAUGUGGAAAAAGUUGAGGGGUGUGAAUAAUUUCUGAAGGGACUGGACAUCACACACAAUGUCUUCUGUUGUCUCCCCCUCUCUAGGUGUAUAAUGUCAAUAAUAGUUCUGGUCCUGGGACAGAGCUUCCUGUUGACAUCAACAUAGACAUGACCAGAGUGAUGGGAGUCUUCCUAGCACAGCUACGGUCAGUACUGCUGUGUGUGUGUGUGAUUAAGGGGACGUUGAUUUUAUCCUUGUCCGUGAUUUCCAAUGCUUUCUCAGUGGGAGACGGCGUACGUUGACGGUCAGUGGAGAUGACGCGUCCCUAUCCAUACAGUUUCCAUCCACCGACAAAAAGUUCAGACCAGUUGAACUUUUGACGGGCCGGUGGAUACGUUCGCUAAUUGCACUCCGCGCACGAACCAUGGACCAAAAUGAAUCAGUUCCCCCCCCCUCUCUGUCUCUGUCUCUCUCCGUCAGGCUGAUGUUGGGUGUCCAGUCGUCAGCCCCUCCCCCUGGCUUCCUGGUUGGCCCGUGUGGCCCCGCGGGAUUGGCUGACUGGGAGUUGGAUCGCCUCUUGUGGAGUCGCAGUGUAGAGAAUGUUGCCACGGCAACGACAACCAUCACCUCAUUGGCCCAGCUGCUGGACCAGAUAGGAAACAUCGUCAUCAACGACAACAUCGCAGAACAGGUAGGGGCGGGGUGUGGGUGGGGUGUGGGUGUGUGUGUGUGUUUGUCUGUGUGUGUGUGUGUUUGUCUGUGUGUGUGUGUGUGUGUGUUUGUCUGUGUGUGUGUGUGUGUGUGUGUGUGUGUGUGUGUGUGUGUGUGUGUGUGUGUUGUUUGUCUGUGUGUGUGUGUGUGUUUGUCUGUGUUUGUGUGUGUGUGUGUGUGUGUGUCUGUGUGUGUGUGUGUGUUUGUCUGUGUUUGUCUGUGUGUGUGUGUGUGUCUGUGUGUGUGUGUGUGUGUGUGUGUGUGUGUGUGUGUAGGUCUUGCCAUUGCCAUCGUCAUGGUCGCUAACGGGUGUUUUCCGUCAGGUGUCGGCAGCGGUCGCCUCUCUCCAGUUGGCUGUGGGUCAGUUGGAGUCAGGGAACCUUGGCCUGGCCAUGCAGUACAGUAAGGAAGCUAUCCUCCAAUCAGAACGAGCCUUCUUCGACCCCUCCCUCCUCCACCUCCUCUACUUCCCUGACGAUCAGAAGUUUGCCAUCUACAUCCCUCUCUUCCUGCCCAUGUGUGUUCCAAUCCUGCUCUCGCUGCUCAAGAUGGCCGCCGAGGCCCGCCAGAGACGAAGGGAGAGACAGGACAAGAAGGACUGAGAGAGAGAGAUGGAGAUCGACCAAUGAACGCGCACACACUGUCGGUUCAAAGGUCAACAAAGUGUUUAAAGGAAACUGUCUGGACUCAUAACCCAGAUAUGAUAUUAAGACCAUUAGAAAUACUGGCUCACAGAAGAUAACCUACAUGGGGCCGUAUUGAUCAACCUUCUCACGAUGAGUGUUGAUUUAGGAUCAGUUUUGCCUUUCAGAACACAUUUUAAUAAGGUUAUGUGGACCUGAUCCCAGAUCAGCGCUCCUCUGAGCAGGGGUUGGAACCAAAAUGAUUUUCCAAUCGUUCCCGAAGCAGAACCCUGUUCUUUUCGUUCCAUUCCGGUGUUCCAACCAGAUUGUUUUUAUUUUAUUAAAAAACAAGUUACUGUUCAUAUAGUUCCUAUUUGUUCCUUUUUUAAACUCUGAAAUCAAUAUCCUUUUACCAUUUAGGUCAUUCAUUUAUUCCUCCAGUUAGCACCAAUAUGUUUAGGCUAUUACUAGCAUCA